UAAUUGGGCUGGGCCCCUAUCCAAAUACAGCCAGUCGGGCAGGCCCCACUGCAUAACCCGACCCGCCAACCCCUUAAACUACAACUAUACGUCUAUACUACACUACUACUGGGGAUUGAACAUCUGAAGUCUCUCCCACAAAGGGAGGAUAGGUACCACUGUUCUACAUGCGUGGACCUAGAAACAACAACAUAAUACUCCCAAUGAACACUCGCAAUAACGUGAGGAACUAAACCAAAAUCAGAUGAAAAGAGAACCUGAAUUUGGAUUCAUAUACUACUAUAAAAGAAACAGAUCAAAGAUUUAGGGCAAGUUUUCAUUUCUAUUCCAUCCUUAAACCCCUGAACCUUUGAAAUUCCAUGCCAACUUACACAGCCACCAUGAAUCAUCUCAAUAAACCAUUUAUAAAAACUCUAUCAUCUCAAUCAACGAUUAACCAUAUACUAACUCGGGUAUUCGUUCUUCAAAAAUCACAACUUUACUCAACAUCACCAAAAGAACCAGAAUUAGUUUCGAAAUCUCGUGAUUGGCCAAGACCUAUUACGAUACCUUGGCAAUCAAAGGUUGCAAAUUUGGUUAACUUAGUUGGUUCUGUUUCUAGACCUAUUAAAUUCCAAGAAUCUGAUGAUGGAAAGUUCUGGGCUGGUACUACUAUUUCACAGGAAGAAGCCGACCAUUCUACUGCGAUUGAGAUCCCCAUAAUCUUCGAAGGUCAUCUAGCACAAACUGCUGCUUGCCAUUUGAAAGAAAGAGACCUUAUUCACAUAGCUGGUCAUUUCAGUGAAGAUCCACCUCAAAUCUCUUUACAAUGUGGUCAUUGCAUUGGUCAGGUUAUGGUGCAUCAGAUAAGCUUUAUCGAAGAAACCUCUCAAGCCAAGGAAAGAUAUUACUCGCAUCUGAAGCAAGUACUCGAUAACUUUUGGAGAGACCUUUGUGGCAAUCCAAACCAGUGGACUGAUUACAGGAAGGAUAAGCUCAAUGGAUUGGUAAAACCGAAACACCCAGAUUUCAAGCGCAAGGAUAGUGGCCAACCAUUAUGGCUCAACACGGCACCAAAAUGGGCCAUUUCUGAACUUCCAACAACUUCUGAACUUCCAAUUAUAUCUGAAGAAGUUCCUUGGCACAAAUAUUAUGUCUUAAGUGGCAAUAUCUCAAAGACAACCGCUGACAAAAACACGGGGCUUCAAUGUCGUUGUGUAUUUGCUUGGUUAAUAUUGGUGUGUCCUUUAGAGGACUCUUCUUUGGGCAAUGCUCAAAAACGACCAGAAGGUUCCUCUUGGAGAAAAGAAUCAGAGGAAGCGUCCUGGAAGAACUUAACUCAGAAUCCAGAUAAAUGGUGGGAUGUGAGAUCUGAUAAGCUAUUCAACCACGAUUUUGAACACAAAGAUACGGGCAAAGCAUUGUGGCUUAGUAGCUCACCGGAUUGGGUAUUUGAGAAGUUGCCUCCUCCAAAACCGUUAUGAAGAUAGCUGGAAAUGCUGAAUGUGUCUGGACAACUACUUAACAAAUGACACUAAUCUGAACAGAAUGUGUCCUUGCAGAGCUUGUAAACUGCUCUUUGUUGUUUGGUGUUUGGAGAUACCUGUAAAUGCUGAUUUGCUGGAUGAUUGAACAAGUUUUCAAACUUACACUAUGCUGUAUUGGUGAGUACCAGUAUGAGAAUGUAAAUAAGUUUUUGGUUUUUACUGUC